UGAGCAAGCCUCGCUUGAAAACUCGGGCAGCCCGGUUUGGGUCUCACGCCCAUGCGAUCGCGACCAUGGAGGCACUGGCCCAGAGCCUUCUGUCGGAGGAAAACACGCUCGACGGCUUGGCGGAAGGCACGCCAGCCCAGCUCACUCGUUUGCUGCAGCGCCUGGGGCGACAGAAGCGACACAAGUUGGUGCUGCGCAUCCUGCGAGCUGCACAGGCUUAUGGGCUCGAGACCAAUGUGGUGCAUUGGAACCAGCUGCUUUGCAGCCUGGAGCGGCAGAAGCUGUGGCAGGAGACCCUGCUGCAGCUGCGGAGCCUGCAGAGCCGCCAGCUCCAGGCCUCCGCCUUCUCAGCGAGCAGCGCCUGCGGCGCUUGCAGCGGUGUGUGGCAGUGGGCGCUCAGGGCGCUGCCGGAGAGGAGGGCCAGGGACACCGUCUGCUUCAACGUGGCCAUAUCUGCGUGUGCCAGCGAGGCGUGGCCUGCCGCGCUGCACCUCCUGCGAGAGAUGCCUUCGGCCGAGGUGGCUGUGGAUGAAGUCAGCUAUAAUGCGGCCAUCAGCGCUGUGAGCUGGCCCAUGGCGAUUGCCCUGCUUGCGGAGAUGAAAGAGGUGAAGCUGCGGGCAGAUGCGGUUUCCUAUGGCGCUGCACUGAAAGGCAGCAGCUGGGCAGCGGCUGGCCAGCUUUUGCAGAAGAUGCACCAGGACCAGGUCCAAUUAGACCUGAUCGCCUGCAAUGCGGCCAUUUCUGCCUGCAGUGCUUCGAGCAGAUGGACCGAGAGCCUGGCGCUGUACGCCUCCCUCGAAACGCCGGACGAGGUGUCCCUCAGCAGCACCCUGCUGGCGUGCCAGAAGGCAGCGCAAUGGGAGAUGUCGCUGUCAGUGUUGAGUGGGGCGCGCCGCCGGAGCGGCACUGCGUUGAACCACGUGGUAGGCGCCUGCGAGAAGGCAUCACAGUGGCAGGCCGCACUGUUGCUGGCCAUGGAGGACAGUGCAGUGCAAAGCGAUGCCAUCACCUACAACGCCGUGAUCAGCGCUUGCGACAAGGGCCACCAGUGGCUGAGGGCGGUGGAAGUCCUGGAUUCCAUGGCCAGGCGGCGGCUGCAGCGGGACCGGAUCUCCUUCUACUCCGCCAUCCACGCCUGUGAGACCUGCGGCGCUUGGUCUUGCGCCCUGGAGCUCUUGGAACAGAUGCUGCGCCUCAGUGUGGAGGACUGCUUGGGCGCAGACAGCCUGCAGCGCCGGGACUAUGUGCACGCAUUCCAGGCUGGCGACCCCAUCGACUGCUUCAAGCACGUGGUGGUGCUGGCUCUCUGGCAGCACCUGGUGGCUUCUUCCAGCGGCGGCCUCGACUGCUUGGAUCUGCACGCGGGGGCGGGGCGCUACGACCUGCGCCGGGGCGACAGUCAGUUCCACAGGAACUUCGAAGACGGGGUUCUGCACCUGGACCGCGCCCUCGGCGUGGGCGCAUCCUUCACGGUCAUGCAGUACCUCCAAACUUUGCGCCGCAACGGGGCAGAUGAGGAAGGGCUACGGUACUACCUCGGCUCCUGCGGUUUGCUGCAGCAGUGGCUGCGGCCGCAGGAUCGAGCUUGGUUCUUCGAGGCCUCGGAGGGGGUGAUGCAGCAGCUGCAGACCCAUUGCCACGGCGGUAGCGGGAUCACAUUGUUGCAGGAGGACUCCUACCGCUGGCUGCUGUCGCAAGACAUUUCCAGCGUCGGCCGGGGGCUGGUGCUCCUGGACCCGCCCUACGAUUCGGUGGACUCGUACCACGUGUGGAACAUCUUCAUGCUGAAGUGCCUGCGUCAGAGGUGGCCGGACAUGGUCCUGGUUCUGUGGUACCCCUGCAUCGACGCGGCCCAGACACAGAAUUUGCACCUCCGCCUUGCCGAGCUAGGUGAGGAGGUGCUGAUUGCAGAGAUGGAGGUCCAGCGACCCCAUGAGGAUCAGCAGUCGCGCGCCGGUAUGGCCUUGCUUGGGGCGCCCGUUGACUUUCAGCAUCCGCUGGAGUGCGAACUCUCGACUUUGGCGCGAAUGCUGGCAAGCAGCCCUCACGACAGGAAGGUCGAGCCAUUCAUUUCCUGGCUGGGGAAAAGCGGCUCGCUUGCGCCCGGCGUGCUUGCGUCUCGAGUCGCUACGAAGUUGUGCGCAGGUUGAAAC